CAUAGUACAUAUAUACACACAUACUCUUGUAUAUAAAUAUAAUUAUAGUAAAAGGAAAGACUUGGCAAAAAAUGAGAGAUAGAAUGGAGAGACUUGUGGUGCUUCCUUUCUCCGUUGGAUGUAUCUCCGACUCAAGUGUUGCCGUUUUAUCUCCUCUCUCUAGGUCUCAUCAUCAUCAUCACUCUCCUCAAGGGAUCCGUGAUCAGGAACAGGAAGAAAACAUGAAGAAUGUAUUCAAAUUCCUUGCGGUUUCUAAACCGGAGAUUUCUACCGGUGUUAACCGGCUUUUCAAGAGCUUCAAGACCAUUUCUCAACUAUUUGCUUACAAAGAAGAAGAGAGUGGUGAUGGAGAGACGUCAGGGAUGGAGAUAGGCGUUCCAACAAACGUAAAACAUGUAUCGCAUAUUGGUUGGGAAAGCGGUUUAACCGCGGUUGCAGGUCCAGGUAAAGGAUGGGAAGAUCUAAUACCUCCGGAGUUGUUUGCAGCCGCCGCCGCCGCUACUACAAAACAAGACGUCAAUAAUCCUCAUCUUCAUCACACUUUAUAAUUUGUCACUCCGUCUAUUUAUUUUAUGUUUUGUACACGAAUCUAGACAUAUUUUUGAUACAUAUGGGGAAUAUCUGGUCUAUGAUACAUUGUAUGAUAUGCCGUAUAUAUAGAGAUCGUGUUAUUACUGGAGUAUACAUAUAGUUGUUAUAUAUUUUGUGGAUGUACAGGGUCUUCAUUUUGUAUAAACUAAUAUGAAUAUUGUAAUAUACUUAGG